AUGGCUCCCCCGUGGCCCCCCAACGGGACCUGGCCGGGGUCGGCGGAGCAAGCGGGGUCGGGGGGCAACGGCACCAAUUGUUCUGGGACGGAAAGCAGCCUCAGCCGGCAGGGGGCGCUCGGAGCGGCCCUCAGCCUGGCCGUGCUGGUGACGGUGGCCGGCAACCUGCUGGUGGUGGUGGCCAUCGCGAAGACCCCCCGCCUGCAGACCAUGACCAACGUCUUCAUCACUUCUCUAGCCUGCGCUGACCUCAUCAUGGGGCUUUUGGUGGUGCCUCCGGGGGCCACCCUGGUUCUGAGCGGCCACUGGUUGUACGGCACGGUUGUCUGUGAGCUGUGGACCUCGCUGGAUGUGCUGUGUGUGACGGCCAGCAUCGAGACCCUGUGCGUCAUUGCAGUGGACCGAUACUUGGCGAUCACAGCCCCACUGAAGUAUGAGAUGCUGAUGACCAAGAGCCGAGCACGGGGUGUGGUCUGCCUGGUGUGGGCCGUGGCUGCCUUCAUCUCCUUCUUGCCCAUCAUGAACCACUGGUGGCGGGAUGUAGCUGACGAGGAAGCCUUGCGCUGUUACCAGGAUCCUCAGUGCUGUGACUUUGUCACCAACAAGCCCUAUGCCAUCUUGUCUUCUAUCAUCUCUUUCUACGUGCCUCUGUUGGUCAUGAUUUUUGUCUAUGCCCGGGUCUUUGCCAUCGCUACCAGGCAACUUCAUGUCAUCGAAAAGGACAAGGGCAGGUUCCUUCAGGAGGCGUCCAAAGGCUUCCGCCGUAGGAGGCCCUCCCGUCUCCUGCUUGCCAUCAAAGAGCACAAAGCCCUGAAGACUUUGGGCAUCAUCAUUGGUGUCUUCACUCUCUGUUGGCUGCCCUUCUUUGUGGCCAACAUCAUCAAGGUCUUUGCAAGGUCCUUUGUCCCUGACCCACUUUUCCGCUUCUUCAACUGGCUAGGCUAUGUCAACUCAGCUUUCAACCCCAUCAUCUACUGCCGCAGUCCUGACUUCAGGUGUGCCUUCAGAAAACUCUUGUGUUGCCCUUGGAGAUCGGAUUCCCAGCUUCAUGCUUUCUCCAAGGACCUGCAGAGAUGCCUCUGUGCCUUCAGCUCCCGGGAGAGCAAGUCCAUUGCUACAGUUUCCAGAGAGGAGGAAGAGGAAGAGGAGGAAGAGGAGGACUUGGGCACUGGUAGCACCAGCAGUGGCUCCAGUAACAGGACCGAGGAAACAAAGCAUUUGUAUCUGCCCAGCAAUGGGCACAGUUGUACACAGCGUCCUCUGGGGGAAACUCAGCUCCAAGGCACCCAGAUCACUUUGUGUCCACAACUGGAAGAGUAGGUGUUGGGAAUGGUAGUGGGGAUGGAAAGAGA